AUGUCUGCCCUUGCCAACACCUGGGGCGUCCGCAUGACGGCUGGUGAGCCUGUUGCGGUCGUCCGUGUGCGCAACGUGCAGACGAGCCUGCCGGCGACGACGACGGCGGCGUCUGCACACGACGCCUGGGCGCGAGCCGGGCGUGGGCAGCCGCUACUGGUGUCGGCUGAGGUAGGCCUGUCAGCGCCGUUUCCCGAGGCGUCGGCGGACGACCGUGUUGCCGACGACACGGUGCACUACGGCAUCCUUAGCAAGGCCAUCCUGCGAAGCGUGGAAGCCCUGUCAGGCAAGGAUGCCAGCGGCCAAGACAGUGUGGACGGGCCAUCGUCUUCAUCAGGACUGUACGGCGUUCUCGAUGCCAUCUGGACGGACCUCACAGGCUUCCGCCUGGACGGACAGCAGUCCGCGAAGGAGACGAGCAAGAAGCCCGUGUUGGACAUGUCACGCGUGCAGUUGCUGGCCGUGUCGCUGCAUCUGCCCAAGGCUUCGCUGGUGGGUGACGGCGUGUCGCUGACGGCGACAGCGACGCCAAAGACGUCUCGGACGGCUAUCGCCCUGCGGUUGCACCGGUUGCGGGUGCCGACGCUGAUCGGUGUGCAUCCACACGAGCGGCAGGCCAAGCAGGCCGUGGUGGCCGACGUGAUCGUGGACCGGUAUGGCGAGCAGGUCGACGGAUAUGCGACGCUGGAGGCGCUGGUCGUAAAGAUCCUCGACACGAGCGAAUAUGAAACACUUGAGGCGCUGGCAACACACAUUGCCAAGAACGUCUUGGCAUCAAAGAACGCCUCAUCGGCCGGGUGGCAGGUCCAUGUGGCGCUGGAGAAGCCGAUCGCGGUGCCGUUUGCCGAUGCGCCCGUGGUGGAGGUGCGGAUGGGCAGCGACAGCAGAAGCUAA